GCCUCCCAGAGUCUAUAUAAUCCCAAACCCUAGCGCCGCCGACUCCUCCAUCUCGCAGACAUCCCCGAGCAGAAACCGCCGCCGCCGUCGACCGCUCUUGAAGGCCUCGUCGCCGCUACUUCUCCUCGGGGCGCAACCAUGGUGGCCUCCACGAAGAAGGCGAAGAAGUCCGGGGACAACAUCAACAACAAGCUGCAGCUUGUUAUGAAGAGCGGCAAGUACACGCUCGGCUACAAGACCGUCCUCAGGACCCUCAGGAACUCCAAGUCAAAGCUAGUGAUCAUUGCUAACAACUGUCCUCCCCUUCGGAAAUCUGAGAUCGAGUAUUAUGCUAUGUUGGCGAAGGUCACUGUCCACCACUACCACGGAAAUAAUGUCGAUUUGGGGACUGCCUGUGGUAAAUACUUCCGUGUCUGCUGUCUGAGUAUCAUUGACCCUGGCGAUUCCGACAUCAUCAACACCACACCAGGUGGCCAGUAAGGAACAAUCUCAGUGGCUUGUCUGAUGUGUUCUGAACUAUUCUAAACUGUAGCUCUUGCUGGACUUGAUUCGGUCUCGUGUACAUCAUUUACCAGUCAAUCAAGUUUCGUGGGGAUAUCAUGUUGGAUUGAAAAAUUGUUCCUGCAUUAUCAUACAUAUCCCCUUGUGCUGCAGUUAUCGUUACCCAAUGUCUGUUAUUGUAGAACAUAGUUCUGCUAUGAUAAGUAGUUUGGCCUUA